CUGUAAAGAUUUGCAGUUUUGCUUUUGACAACAAGAACAGCUUCUCGAUUGACUUCAACACAUUGAAAGCCACUUGAAAAUAUAGCUCAAAUAUGUCAUAAUGAUAAACCAAGAAAGUCAAAGUUAAGUGGUUUCAAGCAGAUGCAUUUGUCUCAAAAAUUGUUUUGGAAGAAAUUCCCCCCAAAAAAGGUUGUUUAUUGAUUUUGAGUGUAAUUUGCACAAAGAAAUGUCCUCUUAGGUAAUCUAGUUGCUGAAUAACUAUUUUAAGGUUCUUUCUUCCUCUAAAGGUUUUUUUUUUCCUUUCUGUGGACGUAAGCAACUCAGGAGAACACAGGAUUUCCCCCUCCUCCUUUUGGUAAUAUCUGACUUUCCACCUGUAAGUGUCAAUAGCUCCGCCCCUUUAGAGAAAGAAACAAAUCGGUUGAGAUCUCGCCGCGUUCAUCAGAGCAGGACGAGGCUUGGAGGACUUUACAGCAGAAACCAGCAGGACUGUUCAAGACCGCCACCAUGGAGCCGGAGCGUUUCCCCGUCAGCGUGCGCUUGAUUGGAGUGUUGCAUAAAGAGAAAAGCAAAAUGUUUAUAACCUCUGUGCUUUGGUCAGACCAGAAUGACAUUGUCAUUUACAGAAGUUUGGACAAUUUCAGGAAAAUGCAUAAACAAGUGAAAAAAGAGUGCACAACUGCCCGGAAGAUGAAAAAAUCAGAGCGAACUCUUCCUCGAUUCCACUUCAAAGGCAAUGCGCGUGUGGGGAAAAAAACUACCAAGUCUAUGGCCUUCCUCAAGUCUCUGGAGAAAUAUUGCAACGAGCUCCUGAAUUGUGAAGCACGAAUCAGUCAAAGUUCAUCCCUCAUCAAGUUCUUCCAACCCAAAGACCAAGAUCUGGACAAAGAGUUCACCAAAAACAGCAUCAUGGUCAUGCAGACGGAUGCAGAGACCUGCUCCGAGGAUUGUCCGGAUGGAAACGUGACACAGCCGUUUGUGACGGAGACCUUCCGAUGCGUGGCGCCCUACGAAACCAAAGACACCCGCAACAAACCUUUCAAAGUGGCCGUGGAUGACAAGCUGGAUGUUCUCAUCAAAGACAGGACAGGGUGGUGGCUUGUCGAGAAUGAAGAGAAGAGGAUGGCGUGGUUCCCAGCACCUUAUCUGGAGAAGUUAGAUGAUGAUGAUGAGGAUGAAGACUUUUCAGAAAGAGGAAAGCUUUACACUGCAAACAAGAGCUACAGUUCCACCUGUGAUGAUGAGAUCUCCAUAAUCGCCGGGGCAGUUGUAGAAGUUCUCCAGAAAUCUGACAAUGGCUGGUGGCUUGUCAGCAACAAAGGAAAGGUGGGUUACAUCCCUGCCAUGUACCUGCAGCCGUAUAACCACCCUAAAGUUCACAUGGCCCCCCUGCAACACGACAGACAAAGGUCUGCUUCAGUCUUCACCCCAGCCCUAGACCUGCAGCAGCAGUCCCAUCACAGCCGUUCCCAUGGAAACCUGCUGCAACUGCCACUCACCAGGACCCCUGCCCCUAAUAGAAUUGAAGAAGGGAACAUGCAGAGGUCCCAUUCCAUGUCUGUGCUGCAGGAAUCCCAGCCCUCAGAAGACCAAGCGGUCCGGCCCGCCAAUCACUCCCCCACUACCACACCAACAAUACACUCCCCUCCCAUCAUCAUGGUGGAGACGGAGGGUCAAAAGAGGUUCAGCAUCUCAGCAAACUCAGAGGAAACUCUAGAUUGGGACAGCUUCAGCGAUGGCAGCUCCUCCUCUUCAGUGAGUUUGACCCCCGGCGCCGAUGACAGGGCGCCGUACCUCAGCCGCACCCCUCCACCCCUGAUGAAUACCUACCUCAGUCCAACGAGCAACACAGAAGUGCGGUUGACCCCAAGUGUCUCUGACCCCAGCCUCUACAAGGUCCCCACGUCGCCCAAAGUGCCACCCAGACCACAAGCCAGGGAGAUCCUCAGCCGCUGCACCACGGUCACCCGCAAGAACGCCGACAGAGGCAACGUCUCACCUGUACCGAGCGAGAUCGUCAGCCGCUGAGAUCCUUUCUUAUGCUCAUAACAUAAGAGACUUACUUUUGUUUUUGUUUUGUAGAAAAAUAUUAAAGGAUACAGCUAAAUUUCAUGUAAAGACAAUAAUAUUUAAAUGUCAAUAUUUUUAUUUUAUUUUAUUAAAACCUUUUGUUAGUUUAAAAUGAGCACAGACAUAAUUGAAAAAUGCUGCAUAAUUAGUUCAUUUUCCAUAGUGGAAACACUCUGUCUUAUUGAUGCUUUUGCAGAAAUAUGUGUAAACAUGUGUUAUUGUCAAGCAAAUUCAGUGUGAAGUAUAACUCCUAUAGUACAAAUACAUAUUCCAUAAUUGUACCAUUUGGUUUAUUUUUACUUUGUUUAGCUACAGUGAAUGUUAAUGUUUUGUUUUUGUUUUUUUGAGAUCUAACAUUCAUGGAUUUAAUGACAUAAACGCUGCACAAAGCUGUCAGAAAAAUAUGGAUUUUGAAACUGAGCAAGUCAAAAAGCACAAGUUUGCACCAGCUGGGAUUUUUGUAUAAAGUAUAAAUAAGAAGUAUAUUUUAUGUGACAUUAAAUAAUGAAAAGUAA